UGUUGGAGGAGAACAGACGCAUCGUGGAGCAGAAGACACUGGAGUACCAGCAGUCACUGAAGGAAAGAAUUGAAAAGUUCAAAGACGAUUUGGAAGCGUACAUGAAGCAAGUUGAUGAGCUGCAAACGUACGGAGACAUCAACGAACUUCAUCGCUACCAGAAGAAGGCUAUGAUGCUUGAUAACAAACUGGACCAAGCCAUGGCGAGAAUUGAUCAGUUCAAUGAAGAGGAGAAGGCCUACAAGUGGGAAGAGAGCUUCUUCCCCAUGAGGAAACAGAUUGCAGACAGACUCGCGCCAUACAAGCGUCUCUACGACAACGCUGUAGAGUUCCUGGAGAAGCACGAGCUGUGGACGACCAGCAGAGUAGGCUCCUAUGACCCUGAGGAUAUUGACCAAGAGACGCAGGGCUUCUACCGCAACAUCUACAAGCUGGAGAAACAGUUCUCUGACCUACCUGCUCCGGGACAACUGGCUAGCCAGGUUAGGCAGCAAGUGGAAGAUUUCAAAGGUCACAUGCCGAUUAUAAUGACACUCGGAAAUCCAGGCAUGAAAGAGCGUCAUUGGGAAAGAAUAUCAGAGAUUGUCGGCUUUCCCCUUAGAGCAGACGCGGAGUUGACUUUGGCGAAGAUUAUCGAUUUGGGUCUUGAAGAAUACAUCCCGAGGUUUGAGGCCAUCAGUGAUUCUGCGACAAAGGAGAACAAUCUUGAGAAGAAUCUCAACAAGAUGAUCAAUGAAUGGAAAGACAUUGAGUUCACAGUGUUGCCUUACAGAGACACUGGGACCUACAUCCUGUCCAGUGUGGAUGACAUCCAACUGCUGCUUGACGACCACAUUGUCAAAACACAAACAAUGAAGAGUUCGCUGUACAUCAAGCCGUUUGAAGAAACCAUUUUUGGCUGGGAGGCCAAGUUGUCGCUACUGCAAGAGAUACUGGACGAGUGGCUGAAGGUGCAGAGUACAUGGAUGUACCUGGAGCCCAUCUUCUCAUCACCUGACAUACAACAGCAGAUGCCUGAGGAGGGACGAAGGUUCAGUGCUGUAGAUAAGGUUUGGAGAGAUGUGAUGAAGACAGUAGUGUCGGACACCAAAGUCAUGUCCGUCGUGGAGAUUGACAAGAUGUUGGAACGUCUGAAGAAGUGCAACAACCUGCUCGAGAUGAUACAGCGAGGUCUCAAUGAGUAUCUGGAGAAAAAGAGGCUCUACUUCCCAAGGUUCUUCUUCCUCUCUAAUGACGAGCUGUUGGAAAUCCUCUCAGAGACCAAGGAUCCCACUCGUGUGCAGCCUCAUCUGAAGAAGUGUUUCGAAGGUAUCGCCAAGCUGCAGUUCACCGAGGACCUAGAUGUGACCAAGAUGAAGUCCACUGAAGGUGAAGAGGUUGCUCUAGUGGAUGUCAUCUCCACCUCCCAGGCCAGGGGACAGGUGGAGAAAUGGCUGCUGCUGCUGGAGAAGGAUAUGAAGAUCAGCAUACACAAGAUGAUCGAGCUGGCCAUGGAGGCGUACCCAGACACGCCCAGACAACAGUGGGUGUUGACGUGGCCUGGCCAGACUGUGCUGGCCGUAUCAUCUACAUACUGGACCAGUGAGGUACAUUCGGCCAUAGCCAGGCCAGGCGGUCUACCUGAGUAUCUGGCCAAGUCUAACUCUCAGAUAGACAACAUCAUAGAACUGGUCAGGGGCAAACUGGAGACACAGAAUAGGAUCACACUGGAGGCACUGGUAGUCAUUGAUGUCCAUGCGAGGGAUGUUGUGAGUUCACUUGUCAAGGCAAAGAUUUCCAAAGACGAUGAUUUCCAGUGGCUCUCCCAGCUUCGCUACUAUUGGCAGGAGAAUGCAUUGGUAGUAAGUAUGAUAAACUCUACGCUCAAGUAUGGCUAUGAGUAUCUGGGUAACUCGUCCAGGCUGGUGAUAACUCCGCUGACAGAUCGCUGCUACAGGACUUUGUUUGGAGCUCUUCACUUGCAUCUUGGUGGAGCUCCAGAAGGACCUGCUGGCACUGGUAAAACAGAGACUACCAAGGAUCUGGCCAAAGCAAUCGCUAAACAGUGUGUGGUGUUCAACUGUUCUGACAGCAUGGACUAUAUUGGGCUCGGCAAGUUCUUCAAGGGUCUUGCGUCUUGUGGUGCCUGGGCCUGUUUUGACGAGUUCAACAGAAUAGACCUAGAGGUAUUGUCAGUUGUGGCUCAACAGAUUCUGACAAUCCAACGAGGAAUCAACGCUGGCAACCCCAAGUUGUGGUUUGAAGGUACGGAGUUGAACCUUGACCCGACCUGUGCCGUGUUUAUCACAAUGAACCCUGGGUAUGCCGGGCGCUCUGAACUGCCUGACAACCUUAAGGCGCUGUUCAGAUCAGUAGCCAUGAUGGUACCAGACUACGCCCUUAUCUCAGAGAUACAGCUCUACUCCAAUGGUUACCUCAAUGCUCGGCCUUUAGCCGUCAAGAUUGUCGCCACAUACAAACUGUGUUCUGAGCAACUGUCUUCUCAGCAGCAUUAUGACUAUGGUAUGAGAGCUGUAAAGUCUGUGCUCACUGCUGCAGCUAAUCUCAAGUUGAAGUAUCCUAACGAGUCAGAAGACAUCAUUGUUCUCAGAUCCAUCAAAGAUGUCAACCUGCCCAAGUUUCUCAAUCAUGACCUACCCCUGUUCCAUGGAAUAACGUCAGAUCUGUUCCCGGGAGUGACACUGCCAGACCCAGACUACACAGUGUUGAACAAAGCAGCUCAGGACGCGUGUGAGGCUGCCAACAUGCAGUGUACGGACUUCUUCUUGGAGAAGAUCCAGCAGAUUUACGAGAUGAUGAUUGUCAGACACGGCUUCAUGAUUGUUGGAAUGCCCUUCGGUGGCAAGACGUCGUCCUAUAGGAUGCUGGCUGAUGCUUUGGCACUCAUCGAAGAAAGGGGUGGUAUGAAUGAGCACAAGGUAGAGAUUGCAGUCAUGAACCCCAAGUCAAUCACGAUGGGUCAGCUCUACGGACAGUUUGACCCGGUCUCCCACGAGUGGUCUGAUGGGAUACUGGCUGUCAGCUAUCGUCAGUUUGCCAUGUCAACCAACCUGAACAGGAAAUGGCUGAUAUUCGAUGGUCCAGUGGAUGCAAUCUGGAUAGAGAACAUGAACACAGUUUUGGAUGACAACAAGAAGUUGUGUUUGAUGUCAGGAGAGAUCAUACAGCUGGCUCCAACAACCAACUUGAUAUUUGAACCCAUGGAUCUAGAGGCUGCCUCUCCAGCUACGGUGUCCAGAUGUGGUAUGAUUUACAUGGAGCCAGCUACUCUAGGCUGGGAGUGUCUCUUACAGUCUUGGCUCAACACACUUCCACCAUGUCUCCACGCUCAGAACAAACAAGUCAUUGUGCAUCUCUUCCAUAGGUUCUGCCCUGUCUUGUUCUACCUUCUGCGGCGCACCAAAGAAAUAUUUCCAACUUCUGAUUCAAACCUCAUAAGAUCUUUGACAAAUUUAUUUGACUGUUUUCUGAAUGACUUCUACGAUGAAGAAUUUGUCAAGAAUAUCUCCGAUUUAGAUACAAGGGCACAGUUGGAGGGUGUGUUUUUCUUCUCGUGUAUCUGGUCCAUUGGAGCGUGUUUGAACUCCGCUGGCCGGGAACAGUUCAGUGUUCUGUUCCAAGGAUUGUUGCUGAAGGAGUUUCCAGCUCACCUGAAGGAACAAUUUGGUCUACCAGAUCAUCUCAUCAUGCCUCCUUUAAAACCCUACAUUUAUACAAUUCCUGAACAAGCGACAGUAUUUGACUACAGGUUCAUAAAAGAAGGUAAAGGCAAGUGGAAGCUGUGGUCAGAGGACUUAACAUCUGCAUCACCCAUCCCUAGAGACAUCCCUGUCAACCAGAUAAUUGUUCCCACCGUAGAAACAGUCCGAAAUAUGGCUUUGAUGCAUCUCCUCGUGAUGCAUCAAAAACCUGUCAUGUUUGUUGGAUCUACCGGCACCGGAAAGUCUGCUUAUACAAUGGACUAUCUGUUGAAGAAGAUUGAUAGUAACAUUUACAAGCCAAUGUUUAUCAACUUUUCUGCUCAAACCUCUGCAAACCAAACCCAAGACAUAAUCAUGGCCAAGUUAGAUAAACGGAGGAAAGGUGUCUACGGCCCGCCACUAGGCAAGAAGUGUGUGGUGUUUGUGGACGAUGUCAGCAUGCCAAUGAAGGAGACUUACGGAGCUCAGCCUCCUAUAGAACUGUUGAGGCAAUGGCUCGACCAUCAGAUAUGGUACGACCGCAAGGAGGUGGUCGCCAUGAAACUCAUUGACAUACAGCUCAUGUGUGCGAUGGGUCCUCCCAGUUCAGGCAACACAGUCACUCCUCGGUUCAGUAGACAUUUCAACAUUGUGGUCAUCAAUGAGUUCACCGAUGAAGUCAUGGUGACCAUCUUUAGUAAGAUCAUGCUGUGGCAUCUGGACACUAGAGGGUUCAGUAAGGAGUUUGACCCUUGUAUUGACCAGCUGGUGUCAGCCACACUACUCAUCUACAAGCAGAGUCUGGCCAACCUGCUGCCCACACCAGCCAAGUCUCACUACUUGUUCAAUCUACGUGACUUUUCCCGCGUCAUUCAGGGAGUGUUGCUGUCAGUACCUGAGGCUAUGGAGGAUCUGCUGGCCAUGAAGAGACUCUGGGUACACGAGGUGUUGAGAGUCUACCAUGACAGACUGGUAGAUGACAAGGACCGGGAGUGGAUAUUUGACUUGCUGCAUCAAGUUGUGGCUUCCAACCUAGAGGAGGACCUGGACCAGAUGUUUACUCACCUGGUGAAAGACAAACCUCCCGGGAGCCGGGUAGGGGAGACUGAACUACGCAGACUGUUGUAUUGUGACUUUGCCAACCCCAAGGCCGAUGUCAGGAACUACAUAGAAGUCACAGAUUUAGAUGCUCUACGAAAUAUUGUGGAAGGUUUCCUCAACGAGUUUAACAACAUGAGUAAGAAACCAAUGAACCUCGUCUUGUUUAGGUUUGCUAUUGAACACUUGUCUAGAAUCUGCCGCAUUCUCAAGCAGCCCAGAAGCCAUGCAUUGUUGGUUGGAGUAGGUGGAAGUGGACGACAGUCACUCACUCGUCUAGCUGCUCACAUCUGCGAGUAUGACCUCUUCCAGGUAGAGAUGGGCAGACAGUACGGAAUGUAUGAGUGGCAUGAAGACUUGAAGAACAUCUUACUGAAGGCCAGUGCUAGUGACCAACACGUGGUGUUCUUGUUUACAGAUUCGCAGAUCAAAGAGGAGGCUUUUGUUGAAGACAUCAACAACAUGCUCAACUCUGGGGAGGUUCCCAACUUGUUUGGGAUUGAUGAGAAAGCAGAAAUUUGCGAAAAGAUGAGAACCAUCGACAGACAGAAAGACAAAUCUCAGCAGACUGAUGGAAGUCCUGUAGCUUUAUUCAACUUGUUUCUACAAAUUGUCAAGGAUCAGUUACAUGUGGUUCUAGCAUUCAGCCCAAUCGGAGAUGGUUUUAGAACACGAAUUCGUAAAUUUCCAGCUUUGGUGAAUUGCUGCACAAUCAAUUGGUUUCAGACAUGGCCACCAGACGCUCUACUGGCUGUAGCUAAGAGGUUCCUGGGAGACAUAGAGUUGCCAGAGACAGAACGUCAGGCUUGUAUAGACAUGUGUCAGGAGUUCCACACGUCCACUCAACAGCUGAGUGUAGAGUAUCUGUUGAGGACUCAACGUCACACUUACGUCACCCCGACAUCGUACCUGGAGCUCAUCAACACCUUCAAGGAUAUACUGUCCAUGAAACGAGAGGAGUUGGUGGUUGGCAAGAAGAGGUACGAAGUGGGUUUGGAGAGUCUACAGAAGGCGGCUAAGGAGGUCGGUGUGAUGAAGACUGAGCUCGUUGCUCUACAGCCUCAACUGCAGCAAGCUACUGAGAACGUCAAGGCUGUCAUGCAGAAGGUGGAGACGGAGAGUGAAGACGUGGCUAAGGUGGAAGCAGUGGUGAGAGAAGACGAGGCGGUGGCCAAUGAGCAAGCGGCCGCGGCGCAAGUGAUCCGCUCCGAGUGUGACGCUCGACUAGCCGAGGCAAUGCCUAUAUUGGAGGCUGCAUUGGCAGCCCUCGACACUCUGACACCAGCAGACAUCACUGUGGUCAAGUCCAUGAAGAGUCCUCCCAAGGGAGUCAGGCUGGUCAUGGAGGCUGUGUGUAUAUUGAAGGACAUCAAGCCAGACAGAGUCCCAGACCCGUCUGGUAGUGGCAAGAUGGUGGAAGACUACUGGGGACCGUCCAAGAGACUAUUGGGAGAUCUCAAGUUCUUGGAGGGUCUUGUACAAUUUGACAAAGACAACAUUCCGCCACGAAUCAUGAAAGUUAUCAAUGAAAAGUUCCUUACCAAUGAAGACUUUGAUCCGGUCAAAGUAAAAGUUGCUUCUACCGCAGCAGAAGGUUUGUGUAAGUGGAUCAGAGCACUGUCCGAGUAUGAUGUACAAGCUAAGAUAAUUGCACCUAAGAAAGCAGCUUUAGCAGUAGCAGAAGCUGACUAUAACACAGCAAUGGCUGCUCUGGAGAUAAAACAGGCCAAGUUGAGGGAAGUACAGAAGAAACUGGCAGACUUAGAGGCCGUGCUGGAGCAGAACAAGGCUACCCUUAACAACCUGCAGGAUGAAGUUGACCUCUGCACCAAGAAGCUACAGAGAGCUGAGGAACUCAUUGGUGGUUUGGGAGGAGAGAAAGACAGAUGGAGUGCCACAGCCAAGGCUCUUGGGGAACGAUAUCAUCUGCUUACAGGAGACAUUCUGGUUGCGUCAGGAGCUGUGGCGUACUUGGGACCGUUUACAAUGCAGUUCAGACAAGAUCAGAUGCAGAAGUGGAUUGAGCAAGUCAAGAGUUACAACAUUUACUGUUCCAAAGACUUUUCUCUCACCUCUGUUCUGGGAGAACCUGUACAAAUCAGAGCGUGGAAUAUCUUCGGUCUUCCCAGCGACUCAUUCUCCGUUGACAACGGAAUCAUUGUCAAGAAUGCAAGACGUUGGCCACUGAUGAUCGACCCGCAGAGUCAAGCUAACAAAUGGAUAAAAAACAUUGAGAAAGCAAAUAAUCUGAGUGUGAUGAGAAUGACCAGCUCUGAUUAUGUGAGAGUUCUCGAGAACGCUAUUCAGUUUGGUCAACCUGUUUUGCUGGAAAACGUAGGUGAAGAGUUGGAUGCUUUACUUGAGCCAUUGCUUCUGAAACAGACAUUCAAGCAGGGAGGAGCCAUGUGUAUAAAGCUGGGAGAUUCUGUGGUAGAAUAUUCUCCUCAGUUCAGGUUCUAUCUGACCACCAAGCUGCGUAACCCUCACUACCUCCCAGAGAUUGCAGUCAAAGUGACUCUACUCAACUUCAUGAUCACACCUACAGGUCUGGAGGAUCAGCUGUUAGGUAUUGUAGUGGCCAAGGACAGACCAGAUCUGGAGGCUGAGAAGAACCAACUGAUAGUCCAGGGAGCUGAUAACAAGAGAAUGCUGAAAGAGAUUGAGGAGAAGAUCCUGUACAUAUUGUCAACAGCUGGUGACAACCUGUUGGAAGAUGAGGAGGGAGUGUCUGUGCUGAGCUCUUCCAAAGUCCUGGCCAAUGAGAUCUCAGAGAAACAAGCUGUUGCGGAAGUGACUGAGAAAUCUAUAGACGCUGCUAGACUGGAAUAUGUCCCUAUUGCUAAUCAUUCCACAGUGUUGUUUUUCAGCAUCACUAACCUAGCAAACAUUGACCCUAUGUACCAAUACUCUCUUGUCUGGUUUAUAAACCUGUUCAAAGCUGCAAUCGACAACACAGAGAAAUCUGAAAACGUUGAAGACAGAAUAGCAGAGCUUACUACAUACUUUACAUACUCACUGUACGUCAACAUCUGUCGAAGUCUCUUUGAGAAGGACAAGCUGCUAUUCUCCCUGUUACUCACAGUCAACCUGAUGUUCAACAAACAGCAGAUGGACCACUCAGAGUGGAUGUUUCUACUGACUGGAGGGGUUGGUCUGGACAACCCUUACCCCAAUCCAGCAACAUGGCUGCCACAAAACUCCUGGGACCAGCUUUGCCGCUGUGAUCUGCUCACAAACUUCAAGGGCUUCCGAAAACAUUUUGAGACACAUCAAAAGGAGUGGAAAGAGUUCUUUGAUAGUGUGGAACCACACAAAAACCCAUAUCCCGACCCUUGGGAAAAGAAAUUAAAUAGAUUUCAGAAGAUUAUAAUGCUAAGAUGUGUCCGAUAUGACAAGGUUGUUCCAGCGAUUCAGGAUGAAGUGGAAAGACAGUUAGGUCGCAGGUUUGUGGAGCCGCCUCCGUUUGAUCUCCCAGCAUCGUUUGCUGACUCCCAUUGCUGCAUUCCUCUCAUCUUUGUGCUGACUCCUGGUGCUGAUCCCACAGCUCUGCUGCUCAAGUUUGCUGAGGAUAUGGGAUUCGGAGGGAACAGACUAAACUCGCUGUCACUGGGUCAAGGCCAGGGCCCAAUAGCUGUGAGGAUGAUAGAUGAAGGAGUCAAGAAUGGAACCUGGGUAUUACUGCAGAACUGUCAUCUGGCCAAGAGCUGGAUGCCUGUGUUGGAAAAGCUCUGUGAGAACUUUAGCCCUGAGUCCACUCACCCUGACUUCAGACUCUGGUUGACUUCAUAUCCUGCAGACCAUUUCCCUGUGUUUGUUCUGCAAAACGGAGUGAAAAUGACCAAUGAACCACCUAAAGGAAUGCGAGCUAAUGUCUUGAGGUCAUUAACAAGUGAUCCGAUAGCAAACUUGGAGUUUUUCGAAGGCUGUAAACAAACAGCGGCCUUUAAGAAACUUGUUUUUGGGCUGUGCUUUUUCCACGCUCUGGUUCAAGAGCGGAGAAAGUUUGGACCCUUGGGGUGGAACAUACCUUACGAGUUUAACGAGACUGACUUAAGAAUAAGUGUGCAGCAACUACAUAUACUGCUGAACCAGUAUGAGGAUGUACAGUUUGAUGCGCUCUGCUAUCUCACCGGAGAGUGUAACUACGGAGGAAGAGUUACGGACGAUUGGGAUAGAAGAUGUCUAAACACAAUCCUCCGCAAAUUCUAUUGUCUUCGUCUGCUGUCUGAUGUGACGUACUACUUUGAUCCGUCAAAGAUGUACUACGUGCCUGACGUGAAGGACCACGAUGCAUUUGUGAACUACGUCAAGACGUUCCCUCUGAUCACCAGCCCCUCGGUGUUUGGGAUGAAUGAAAACGCAGACAUUAUGAAAGACCAGCAGGAAACUACUGUUCUUUUUACAAACACACUUUUCACUCAGGACGCGGCUGGUGGUGGCGGAGCAGACGACGCUGAGAAGACAGUGUUUGACGUGGCUGGAGGUAUUUUGGACAAGCUGCCGAAGGACUAUGACAUAGUGACUGCGCUGGAGAAGUAUCCAACGUCGUACAACCAGAGCAUGAACACUGUUCUGGUUCAGGAGAUGGAGAGGUUUAACAACCUGCUUCGAACUAUCCGAGGCAGUCUGGGCAACCUGCGCAAGGCGAUCAAGGGCCAAAUUGUAAUGACAACAGAGCUAGAGGAAGUCUUCAACAGUGUAUUGACAGGGAAAAUUCCUGCUCUGUGGAAAAAGAAAUCUUAUCCAUCUUUGAAGCCUUUGGGCAGUUACAUCAGUGACUUUCUUGCAAGGCUCGAGUUCUUACAGAAAUGGUUUGAUAACGGGGCCCCGUCUACUUUCUGGCUUUCUGGAUUUUUCUUCACACAAGCCUUUCUGACUGGAGCCCAACAGAAUUUUGCUAGAAAAUACAGAAUUCCAAUAGACCUGCUCACCUUUGAUUUUGAAGUUAUAACAAAAGAGAGACUGUCACUUUCUCCAGAAGAUGGUGUCUAUGUGUACGGACUGUUCUUGGAGGGAGCUCGGUGGAACGCUAAGAUUCACGCCUUGGAUGAAUCUUUACCUAAAGUUUUAUACGACUCUAUGCCUUUUAUGUGGCUGAAGCCUAUCAAGAAAGAUGAGCUGGAGGUACAGUCUGUGUACAAAUGUCCACUGUACAAGACCACGGAGCGCCGAGGUACUCUGCUGACCACAGGACACUCUACCAACUUUGUCAUAGCUAUAUUGCUGCCUAGCAAACACCCUGAGGAUCAUUGGAUCAUGAGGGGAGUGGCUCUGAUGUGUCAGCUUAGCCAAUGAGAACUUUCUGUA